AUGUUUAAGAAUCCCUUCGGAAAAUCCAAGCGGGCCGAGCAGCCGCAAGACCAGAUUAGCAAUGAGGAAGUUCCUCGGGAGUCUGUUUCCACCACCGACCAUGAGAAACUAGCAGGCGGUAUCGUUGACACGAAAAUUCCUCUUUUCACAUGGCGCUCUCUUGUCAUGGGACUUUUUGUCUCGAUGGGCGGCUUCCUCUUCGGCUACGAUACCGGCCAGAUCUCCGGCUUCCUGGAGAUGGAAAACUUCCUGAUGCGCUAUGGUCAGCCAGGUCCGGGUAAUACUCCGGGGAAUGCAUUUCACUUUACCAACGUACGGGCUGGUCUAAUUGUUGGACUGCUAUCUAUUGGUACCUUGAUUGGCGCCCUAGUUGCUGCACCCAUUGCGGACCGUAUCGGGCGCAAGUGGUCCAUCACCGGCUGGUGUCUGAUGGUUUGCAUUGGUGUCACAGUCCAAAUCUCGGCGCCUAUUCCAAAGUGGUAUCAAGUUGCCGUAGGCCGUUUGAUCGCCGGUCUUGGAGUUGGGGCAGUAUCCUUGCUAGUACCCAUGUAUCAAGCAGAGUCUGGACCAAGACACAUUCGAGGAACUUUGAUUAGCACCUACCAACUCUUCAUCACGCUAGGGAUUUUCGUUGCCAAUUGUAUUAACUUUGGAACUGAAGCUCGGCACAACCCCUCAGCGUGGCGGAUUCCCAUGGGAAUCACCUACGUUUGGGCCGUCGUUCUUGGUGCCGGCAUGGCCUUGUUCCCGGAGAGCCCUCGGUACGAUUACCGCCACGGAAAGGUCGACAAAGCUAUAAAUACACUGUCCAAGAUUUACGGUGUGCCUUCGAACCACCGCAUGCUCAAGAUUGAGUUUGAGGAGAUUAAGGAGAAGUAUGAAGAGGAAGUCCGCAAUGGUGUGGUUUCGUGGAAGCAGCUCUUCCGUGCUCCAACCAUGGGCUAUCGUGUAGCCGUUGGCGUUGCCCUGCAAGCUCUCCAGCAACUUACAGGUGCCAAUUACUUCUUCUACUAUGGGACCACGGUCUUCCAAGGUGCCGGCAUCCAAAACAGCUACGUAACUCAGAUGAUUCUAGGCGGGGUGAACUUCGGCACGACCUUCCUCGGUCUAUACCUGAUUGAAAACUACGGUCGACGCCGAUCUCUAAUUGCCGGAGCGCUAUGGAUGUUCGUUUGCUUCAUGAUCUUCGCUUCAGUAGGCCACUUCUCGCUCGACCGCGAACAUCCACAAAAGACCAAGUCCGCCGGCGUGGCCAUGGUGGUCUUUGCCUGUUUGUUUAUUCUCGGGUUUGCUAGUACCUGGGGUCCGAUGGUAUGGACAAUCAUUGCGGAAUUGUAUCCAUCGCAGUACCGUGCACGCGCGAUGUCCCUCGCCACGGCAUCGAACUGGCUCUGGAACUUCCUGCUCGCCUUUUUCACCCCGUUCAUUGUUGGUGCCAUUGAUUUCCGGUUUGGUUACGUCUUCGCUGGAUGCCUCUUCCUCGCGGCGGGAUUGGUCUACUUCGCUGUCAUCGAGGGCCAGGGUCGGACACUGGAGGAGAUUGAUACUAUGUAUCUCAUGAAAGUGAAGCCGUGGAAGAGCUCCAAGUUUGUGUUCCCGGCUGAUCCGGCUUUGAUCCGCGGAUCGUUUGAUAAGGGAAAUGAGGCGCAGGCUCCGACGUCUUCACAUGUUUUGGACCCGACUAAUGAGGUGCCAGACACUGUGCCUGAGGCUAGUGGGUCGCGUACCGAGAAGUAA